CACUUUGGACAGCAAUGCACGCACUCUACUUCCUCUUCAGAAAACACCUUCUUAUUAGCUGGCGACUUAAAAUAAAACAGUCACAUCCUCAAAGCAGAAGUCCAGUAAAGACCAUCACAGCGGAGCAGACACCCUCCUAACAGCUCUCAUACAGGACUGCAGCAGGACUUUAAACAUUUGUUCAGGAUGAACAGAAAUCCACAGGAGGAAAUUGAGGAAAUGGAGGAAGAAGCAGCAGCUAACUAUGUUAUUGCACCAGCAUGCACUGUGGAGAAAGUGGCAGCUCGUCCAGACCAGAGGUUUCUCUGCUUCUCUCAGUAUUUUCUACCGAUAGCAGUGUGUUGGCUGAUACUGUUAGUCAUCAUGGGCCUCCGUAUCUACUUUGCUACAUUAAGUCAUGGCAGUGAUGUAAGUGAGCCGAUGGCUGCCAAUUGCAACCUGACAAACCUCAACGACAAACUCAGAGUCUUAGAAAACCAGAUCACAGACCUGACUGCAGUAAACCAGAACAUCAGUCGAGCUCAGUGGAGCAUUGAUGAAUACUGCCCCAAAGUAAAUAACGUUUCAGAGAGACAGUGUAGAGCUUGUCAGAAGGGCUGGAGACUCUUCCAGUCCAGCUGCUAUCUGAUUAAUGACGCUGAUCAGAAAACCUGGGAAGAAGCUCGAGAAGACUGCAGAGGACGGAGUUCAGAUUUGGCUGUUAUACAUGAUGAAGAUGAUGAGGAUGAACUCAGGUAUUUCAGACAGUCCAUAUACUGGUACUGGAUUGGCCUGAGAGCUGAAGGAGGGAGAUGGAAGUGGAUCAAUGGAAGUGAUCUGACUGAAAGGUAAGAGACACAUUCCUAAACACUUUGAAUCAUAAAAUCUAUCAGCCUUGAUCUAAACAUCAUGUUCUUCCCUCAGUGUCAGCAGCUGGAUAUAUGAACCACCAUCUGCUGCUGACGGUCAGUGUUUAGUUUCUGUCAUGUUCGGAUGGACAUCAGUGAGCUGUGCUGAGAGAAAUGGAUGGAUCUGCAAAAAGAAGGCUUUAUCUGUUUAAACACUGCAGUCAGACUUGAGAAGUUUACUGGAUACUCUGCAUGAUAAUAUCAACUGGAUUAUAAAUAAACUAUGAAGACUUCUACUUCACAA